UGCUGCUGCCUCCGCGGGUGAUGAUGUCAUCGGCUCAGUACCGUGCAGCAUCCCAGCCCUAGCCCCUCGGCAGAGCAGUUUCGCCUUGUGGAUUGUGGACCGCACAGCUCCUGGAUCCCCCCCUUCCCCAGGUCCCCCCCCCCCGAGACGAGACACCCUGCGCCAGGCCCCGCAGCGCAUCUGGCCAACGCCCGACCCGGGUUCUGUUCCGCCUGGGGUUCGUCCCGCCCGGCCGGUAGGGAGAGAGGGAGGCAGAUAGCCAAGAGGAGCCAGCCCCAUCCGGCUGGCAGAACAGCCCGCCGCAGCGAGAAACGUGACACCCCAGAGGGCCUGACCCCCUGCCCCUUCCUGCCGCGUCGGAGCUCUGAGCGGGCGGCACCAUCAUGGCGGGCGCGUCGGUGAAGGUGGCGGUGCGAGUCCGCCCCUUCAACUCCCGCGAGAUCAGCAAGGAGAGCAAGUGCAUCAUCCAGAUGAGCGGCAACACUACCACCAUUAUCAACCCCAAGCAGCCCAAAGAGAACAAGAGCUUCAACUUUGAUUUCUCCUACUGGUCACACACCUCGCCUGAGGACAUCAACUAUGCAUCGCAGCAGAUUGUGUACCGGGACAUCGGGGAGGAGAUGCUUCUGCACGCCUUCGAGGGCUACAACGUCUGCAUCUUCGCCUACGGCCAGACGGGCGCCGGGAAGUCCUACACCAUGAUGGGCAGACAGGAGAAGGACCAGCAGGGCAUCAUACCACUGCUGUGCGAGGACCUCUUUACCAAGAUUAACGACAGCGGCAAUGACAACAGCAUGUCUUACUCCGUGGAGGUGAGCUACAUGGAGAUCUACUGUGAGCGUGUGCGUGACCUGCUGAACCCCAAAAACAAAGGAAACCUGCGAGUCCGAGAGCACCCCCUCAUGGGCCCGUACGUGGAAGACCUGUCCAAGCUGGCCGUCACCUCCUACAGCGACAUCCAGGACCUGAUGGACUCCGGCAACAAGGCCAGGACGGUUGCAGCCACCAACAUGAACGAGACCAGCAGCCGAUCCCAUGCCGUCUUCAACAUCAUCUUCACCCAGAAGCGCCACGACGCCGAGACUGACAACACCUCUGAGAAGGUGAGCAAAAUCAGCUUAGUGGACCUGGCUGGCAGUGAAAGAGCUGAUUCCACAGGGGCCAAAGGCACCCGACUGAAGGAAGGAGCAAACAUCAAUAAAUCCCUGACCACACUGGGGAAGGUCAUCUCUGCUUUGGCUGAAGUGGACUCUGGACCAAACAAGAACAAGAAGAAGAAGAAGGUUGAGAGUUUUAUUCCGUACAGAGACUCUGUGCUGACCUGGCUACUGAGAGAGAACUUGGGGGGAAACUCUCGCACGGCGAUGGUCGCCGCCCUCAGCCCCGCAGACAUUAACUACGAUGAGACCCUCAGCACACUCAGAUACGCCGACCGGGCCAAGCAGAUCCGCUGCAAUGCGGUCAUCAACGAGGACCCCAACAACCGGCUGGUGAGGGAGCUGAAGGAGGAGGUGUCCCGGCUGAAGGACCUGCUAUACGCCCAGGGGCUCGGGGACAUCAUCGAGACGUAUCCGGCUCCCGGUCCCAAGAUCGCUGGUUUGAAAUUGACCAAUGCCAUGACCGGGAUGAGCCCCUCCCCCUCUCUGUCCGCCCUGUCCAGCCGUGCCGGGUCCAUCAACAGCCUGCACGACCGCAUCAUGUUCAGCCCGGGCAGCGAGGAGGCCAUCGAGAGGCUGAAGGAAACGGAGAAGAUAAUCGCAGAGCUCAACGAGACCUGGGAGGAGAAGCUUCGGCGCACAGAGGCCAUUCGCAUGGAGAGGGAAGCCCUGCUGGCUGAGAUGGGUGUGGCCAUGCGAGAAGAUGGAGGGACCGUGGGGGUCUUUUCACCCAAGAAGACUCCCCACCUGGUAAAUCUGAAUGAAGACCCGCUGAUGUCAGAGUGCCUGCUGUACUACAUUAAAGAUGGAAUGACCAGGGUGGGGCGUGAGGACGCCAGCAGCCGCCAGGACAUCGUUCUGAGCGGCCACUUCAUCAAGGAUGAGCACUGCACAUUCACCAGCACCACCGGCCCACUCGGCGAAGCUGUGGUCGUGCUGGAUCCCUGCGAGGGGGCGGAGACCUACGUCAACGGGAAGAGGGUGACCGAGCCCACUGUGCUCCGCUCAGGAAACCGCAUCAUCAUGGGGAAGAGUCACGUGUUCCGCUUUAACCACCCGGAGCAGGCGCGACAGGAGCGGGAGCGCACCCCCUGCGCGGAGACGCCCGCCGAGCCCGUGGACUGGGCCUUCGCCCAGAGGGAGCUGCUGGAGAAGCAGGGCAUCGACAUGAAGCAGGAGAUGGAGCAGAGGCUGCAGGAGCUGGAGGAUCAGUAUCGCAGGGAGAGAGAGGAGGCCAGCAACCUGCUGGAACAGCAGCGACUGGAUUAUGAGAGUAAGCUGGAGGCCCUUCAGAAGCAGGUGGACUCCCGCUAUUACCUAGAAACUGCAGAGGAGGAAGAGGAGCCUGAGGAAGAAGUGCAGUGGACGGAGCGGGAGACGGAGCUGGCCCUGUGGGCUUUCCGCAAGUGGAAGUGCUACCAGUUCACCUCCCUGAGGGAUCUCCUAUGGGGGAAUGCCAUCUUCCUGAAGGAGGCCAACGCCAUCAGCGUGGAGCUGAAGAAGAAGGUUCAGUUUCAGUUUGUCCUGCUGACAGACACGCUGUACUCCCCUCUGCCGCCCGACCUGCUGCCGCCCGACGCGGCCAAGGACCGAGAGAAGCGGCCCUUCCCCCGCACCAUCGUGGCUGUGGAGGUGCAGGACCAGAAGAACGGGGCCACUCACUACUGGACCCUGGAGAAGCUCAGGCAGAGGCUGGACCUGAUGCGCGAGAUGUAUGACCGCGCGGCAGAGGUGCCCAGCCACUCCAUCGAGGACUGUGAUAACGUCCUGACGGGCGGGGACCCGUUCUACGACCGCUUCCCCUGGUUCCGCCUGGUGGGCAGUUCCCAUGUCUCUGGCUGCACUAGCACCCCCAUUUUCAACACGUGCAUGAGCGAACGCAUGACCGAUCUCACCCCCUCCCCCACCUUCUCCGACCCCGACUCUGACAUUACCGAGCUCGCUGACGAGCGGCAUGAUGGGAAGGUGGAGGAGGAGGAGGAGGAGGAGGAGGAUGAGGAGGAGGAUGAGGAGUUGGAGGACCUGGACGAUGAGAUCUUUUUGGACGACCCGUGCUCGGAGCUGGGGGGAGAGGAGGGAGAGAGCUGCCAAGGCGCCAGCGAAGGCCAGGACCCCUUUUACGACCGCUCGCCUCUAUUCAGUGUAGUGGGAAGGGCCUUUGUGUAUCUAAGCAACCUGCUGUACCCUGUGCCCCUGGUGCACCGGGUGGCCAUCGUCAGCGAGAAGGGCGAGGUGAAGGGCUUCCUGAGGGUGGCAGUGCAGGCCAUUUCAGCUGACGAGGAGGCUCCCGACUACGGCUCCGGUGUGCGGCAGUCGGGGACUGCCAAGAUAUCGUUUGAAGACCAGCAUUUUGAGAAGUUCCAGACCGAGUCCUGUCCCAUGGGUAUGUCUCGUUCCGGGACAUCCCAGGAGGAGCUGCGCAUCGUUGAAGGAGAGGGGCAGAAUUCGGAGAUGGGUCCCUCUGCUGAUGAGGUCAACAAUAACACCUGCACAGCCAGCUCAGAGGAAAUGGACAGCCCCCUGAAGGCCAAUUUGGAGGCGGAAGGGGUUCUGGACCACCUGAGGAUCGGGAGUGUCUUCACCUUCAGGGUAACGGUCCUUCAGGCCUCCAGCAUCUCAGCCGAGUAUGCAGACAUCUUCUGCCAGUUCAACUUCAUUCACCGGCAUGAUGAGGCCUUCUCCACUGAGCCACUGAAGAACACAGGCCGUGGGCCACCUCUGGGCUUCUACCAUGUGCAGAACAUUGCAGUAGAGGUGACCAAGUCUUUUGUGGAGUACAUCAAGACUCAGCCUAUUGUUUUUGAGGUGUUCGGACACUACCAGAAACAACCGUUCCCACCUCUCUGCAAAGACCUCAUCAGUCCGCUGCGACCCACAAGAAGGCAGUUUCCAAGAGUAAUGCCCUUGUCCAAACCAGUGCCCGCCACCAAACUGAGCGCUCUCACUCGCCCGACGGCAGGACCGUGCCACUGCAAGUACGACCUCAUGGUGUUCUUCGAGAUCUGCGAGCUGGAGGCCAACGGAGACUACAUCCCUGCAGUCGUGGAUCACAGAGGAGGCAUGCCCUGCCACGGGACCUUCCUGCUGCACCAGGGCAUUCAGAGGAGGAUCACAGUGACCAUCGUGCAUGAGACAGGAAAUGACAUCGAGUGGAAGGAGGUCAGAGAGCUGGUGAUAGGACGCAUCCGCAACACUCCCGAGGCCGACGAGACCAUCAUCGACCCCAACAUCCUAUCUCUCAACAUCCUGUCCUCAGGGUACAUCCGCCCCUCUCACGACGACAGCAUCUCGCUGGGGAUUGAUCAUAGGACUUUCUACCGUUUUGAGGCAGCCUGGGACAGCUCCAUGCACAACUCCCUGCAGCUGAACCGAGUCACACCUUACGGGGAGAAGAUCUACAUCACCCUCUCCGCGUACCUGGAGAUGGAGAACUGCACUCAGCCCACAGUCAUUACCAAAGAUUUCUGCAUGGUGUUCUACUCGCGAGACGCCAAGCUGCCUGCCUCCCGGUCCAUCCGCAACCUGUUCGGCAGCGGUGGGCUGAAGGCAUCGGAGGGGAACCGUGUGACGGGCGUGUAUGAGCUCAGCCUGUGCCACCUGGCUGAUGCGGGCAGCCCAGGUAUGCAGAGGAGGCGCAGGCGGGUGCUCGACACCUCGGUGGCCUAUGUCCGCGGCGAGGAGAACCUGGCUGGCUGGAGGCCCCGCAGCGACAGCCUCAUUCUGGACCACCAAUGGGAGCUGGAGAAACUGAGCCUGCUGCAAGAGGUGGAGAAGACUCGGCACUACCUGCUCCUGAGGGAGAAGCUGGAGACGACCCUGCUGCUGGGACAGGACUCGCUGUCGUCCUCGGGGAGUGAAGACCUGAGCGACUCCUCUCAGUCCAGCGACAGCAGCAGCGCCCCGGUGCCCAGCCCCGCCCUGGAGAGCCCCAGCGAGAGGCAGAGAGAGCUGGCUGCCAAGUGUCUGCGCCUGCUCACCCACACCUUCAACAGGGAAUACAGCCAGGUGUGUAGCAGUGCCAGCGAAGGCAAGCUGUCUGAGAUGUCGGUGACGCUGCUGAGAGACACGUCAGCCUCUGCCCUCAGCACCCUCACACCCUCCUCCACCUGCCCCUCGCUGGUGGAGGGCGGCUACACCGAGGCCAGAACCCCAGAGCUGCGCUCCUGCACCCUCAGCCCUGUUCUCGACCCCCUUCAGGACGGAGAGAUGAAGAAGUCUCCCAGCGGGGGCCUGGACGGCAAGACCAGAGUCCGCAGCUUCGUCCCAGACAUCCAGGAGAUCAGAGUCAGCCCCAUUGUGUCGAAGAAAGGCUACCUGCACUUCCUGGAGCCGCACACCAAUGGCUGGGUGAAGCGCUACGUGGUGGUACGCCGGCCGUACGUCUACAUCUACAACGCCGAGAAGGACAGCGUGGAGAGGGCCAUCCUGAACCUGUCCACUGCCCAGGUGGAGUACAGCGAAGACCAGCAGGCUAUGCUGAAGACUCCCAAUACGUUUGCAGUGUGCACUGAGCAUCGUGGGAUACUGCUCCAAGCCAGCAACGACAAGGAGAUGCAUGAUUGGCUGUAUGCCUUUAACCCUCUCCUCGCUGGAUCCAUUAGAUCAAAGCUUUCAAGGAGAAGAGCUGGACAGAUGAGGAUCUAAAGUGACCGCUCAUCCUCUUCCCCCCAGCAAGUCUUACGAAAACAAAAAAAAGACGAAGAAGACAGACUAACCCUGUAUAUAGAUCACCUGACCUAGCACCCCGCCCGUGUGCUGAUACAGCCCCGCCCCCCCUUGUAACCUGCCUGCUUCUGCACACGCUCAGUUUACCGCAACCAAACCAAGACUGAACACAAGGCCCAGUGGCUCUCAUCUUUGCUGUGUGUCAGGCUUCUUUACCGAGGGCCAGUCUUCAGAAUAUUGUUUCCCAGGGCAACCAGGCCCCACCUUACUGGAAUAUUCCAAGUCAGGGGAGAGAGGGAGGGAGGGAGGGAUGGUGUUCUUUAUUGCACCAGGUCGUUGUUUCCAGGGUAGCUGUUUGCGUAGGCUUCAGCGGUGCGUUGGUUUGGCCUGCUUGAACGCCACGACCCCCCUCAAAUGAAGCCAGUCGUCUCCCUGUACAGAGCUUCCCCCUCCCCGCAAGACACCGCACUUCAUUUUGAAUUGAUUUUCAAAGAAACGUGGUUUUUCACCACCGCAUCCACUGCUCAACAUAACGAUAAAAAGGGGUAGAAAAAAUGACCAACCUACAGUAUCAGUCCAUGAACCAGUACAUAAAACUAUAAAACAUGCAAAACAGUCCAUAGGUGCUUUGGCAGAUUAAUCCUCAGUGAAUAUCUAGUAUUUCCACAUGAAUUCCACCCAGUACUCCGUUUCUGACGCUCUAGAGCUGUUGCAAAAGCACAGUGUUACAUGUCUUUGAGUCUCUAUGACAAGUUUUUUGGAGAUCGUAGGACAUCAGGGAUUUGGUAACAACACACAAUGGAAAAUAUACCCUGGAUUUGAUUGCACAUUUUGUGCUUACAUGGUUGCAGAAUGAUACCCCAUAAUCCUUUGCUCCAUUUAUUGAUGAGAAUUAGUUCAGAACUUCAGAUUCCCCCUCCCCACCACCACCACCA